CACAGCAGCAAGGCAAAGUUUGCCAGUCUGUUUCGAGAUUUCAUGAUGGUUUGUUGCUGUACGAAGAUGGUGAUCCCUUCGAUGUUGCUCGUCGUCGAGAAACUUCAACCGUGUCACAUUUAACUCCAGUACGAUCGAGCAGUCGCAUUGGUUCGUGGUGUUCGCUAUCGCGAACGUAUUUCUAGUGGUUCAAGUAAAGUGGCAUACUUUCGAGGUGUCCAGUGCGAAGUGAAAAGUGCAGUGCCCCAGAAAGACAGCACAGUAAAUUGUGCGAGUAACGAAGUGGAGAGAAAGAGAGUUGUCAAUGCACAAAUAACAGUAAUUUUGUCGCACUCUUUCGCACAGGUUGCGUGACAACGGCGGUUCGAGUGAGAAAGCCGAUGUUCUCAGUGCAAGGGUUAAUCGGAACAAAUCGCCGAAUAGGGAAGACUGCUGCUGCUGCUGCUGUCAACGGAGCAUAGCUGUUUGUAUACGAAUCUGUCGCUGGUGUUGGUGUGUUAUCCAAGAGUGCGAUAUCUAUAUUGCUUGCUUGCAAGCAGAGCAGUGGCUACAGAGAGGAAAACGGUUGCUUGAUGUGAACGUCAAACGAGAGGAGAUCAUGGAGUGAAGUGUCAAGUGAAGAGUACAUCAGAAUACCAGCGGGCGACCGAUUUCGCUUGGCCAGUUUGUUUUGGUGUUUGUGUAUGAUUAUCAAUGUAUAGUGCGAGUGAGUAGAAGAAGUCGCGUAUUUUGUUCGGUUUUUUUGCUGUAAAAUAUUUAUUUGCGUUAUGAAAUUCGUCGCGAAAAUGAUCGAGAAAUAGUGAUGUAGCAAUCGAAACCCUCUGGUUGUGAAGUGAAAGAAGUAUCCGUGGAGAAUGCUGAAAAUGGGCCGAUAUCUUUCGUUUUACCUGGUUGUCCAGUAGGAUGAGAAAGGAAGUGUAUUUGUAGAGUGUUGUUUUAUUUUCGUGGAGUUUAUUCAGUGCGGCCAGAGCCCUCGAACAUCGGGAGGGUCGUGUAUGUGUAUUGUUGAAAGUUUUGAUAAAUGUCAAGAUGGCGGCUACUAACCGAGCUCGACCGCAGCCGAGAACUAACAUCUCGUUUUUCUCGAAGAUCCAGGGCAAAAUUUCGGAUGCCUGUGCCCAGCAAAAGUUCCUAACGGACAAAAAGACUCUGGAAAAAACCUGGAAAUUGAUGGACAAAGUUGUCAAACUAUGCCAGCAGUCGAAGAUGAAUCUGAAAAAUUCUCCCCCUUUCAUACUGGACAUCCUGCCGGAUACGUAUCAGCGGUUGCAUCUAAUCUACUCCAAGUACGAAGACCAGAUGCAUCUGCUACAUGGCAACGAGCACUUUAAUAUCUUCAUCAACAAUCUGAUGAGGAAGUGCAAACAGGCCAUCAAGCUGUUCAAGGAGGGCAAGGAGAAGAUGUUCGACGAGAACUCCCAUUACCGGAGGAAUCUCACCAAGCUGAGUCUGGUGUUUUCGCACAUGUUGAGCGAGCUGAAGGCAAUCUUCCCGAACGGGCUAUUCGCGGGGGAUCAGUUUCGUAUCACCAAGGCGGAUGCUGCCGACUUCUGGAAGACCCGCUUCGGAAACAGCACACUGGUACCGUGGAAAUUGUUUCGGCAGGAACUGUCCCUGGUGCAUCCGAUCUCCUCCGGGCUGGAAGCGAUGGCACUCAAAACCACCAUAGACUUAACGUGCAAUGAUUAUAUAUCGAAUUUUGAAUUCGAUGUGUUUACUAGGCUGUUUCAACCGUGGAAUACGUUACUAAGAAAUUGGCAAAUCCUAGCUGUAACGCAUCCGGGCUACGUCGCCUUCCUAACGUACGACGAAGUCAAGGCACGCUUACAAAAGUAUAUCAAUAAGGCUGGUAGUUAUGUUUUCAGAUUAUCCUGCACACGGUUAGGUCAGUGGGCAAUAGGUUACGUAACGGCGGAAGGCGAAAUACUCCAAACGAUUCCCCAAAACAAGUCAUUAUGUCAAGCUUUACUAGAUGGUCACAGAGAGGGUUUCUAUUUAUUUCCGGACGGAAAACCUCACAAUCCGGAUCUUUCGUUUGCUGUGCAAAGUCCGCUGGAAGAUCACAUAACGGUGACGCAAGAACAGUACGAACUCUACUGUGAGAUGGGAAGUACGUUCCAACUGUGUAAAAUUUGUGCCGAAAACGAUAAAGACAUAAGGAUCGAACCUUGCGGGCAUUUACUGUGUACACCGUGUCUAACGGCGUGGCAAGUUGACUCCGAAGGACAGGGUUGCCCCUUCUGCAGGGCGGAAAUCAAGGGCACCGAGCAGAUCGUAGUGGACGCAUUCGAUCCGAAGCGACAACACAACCGCAACUCGGCAAACGGUCGGCACCAGCUGCAGAUGAACGACGAUCAUGACGACGACACUGAGGAUGAUUUCAAUAUCGCCACCUCAUCACUACACGCGCUGAGCAAUAGUAUGACACUGGCACGCAAUGAAAAGCAAAGUCCGCACUCAUCACCCCGAUUGCCACGACGCCAACCGAACCCCACGGCACCGGUGUUAACCAGUAACGAUAUUUACGCAGGAGGGCCCUCGCUGCAGUCCCAGUCGAGCAGUUGCAGCUAUGCCUCUUCCUCCUCGAGCAGUUCGUCGGGUGCCUCAGCCAGUGCGGCACAGAUGGCAGCACUAGUGACGACACAAGCAGCAUUAGCUGCAGCGGCGGCGGCUUCGGCACCACACAUGGCUGCUUCCACCUCGCACACAAUCAAUGGGAAUGUGGCCACACAUACAAACAUUUCACUGAGCAACAGUCACUGUAGUAACAUGUGCACAGCUGCUGGAUCCAGUGCUGCAACGCCCACUAGUCAGGGAAACAAUCUAUCAAAGUGUAACAAAUCCUCGUCCUCGUCUCUCCUAUCACAGACGCAGGCCAACGUGACGACGGGACCUAGUGUGCACGCUCAGCAAUUGCAGCAGAAUCGGCUAAGCGCACCGGCAAGCUCUUCGGCUGCGGCACAUAGCGCAACCAAUCCCAGCAGUUAUCUGCUGAAGGCACUGAAUAAAGCACUUUCUGCAGAAACUCCCGCGUCCAGCUCACUGGAGUCGAUCUAUCAGCACCAGCAUCAUCCCCACUCGAGGCAAAACACAACGACGCCACCUCCUUUACCUCCACGUAAAUCAUCUCCUGGAAUGCUAACAUCGAACUCCAACGGCGACAGCAGUCGCCACAAGACAGGUAAUUCUCGGUGCCAGUCCUCGCAGCUGCUAACUGCAAAGAAUAACCAGAAUCAAAUCAACUCCGCAUCUAGUCUCUGCAAUCUGUCGAACCAAGUCGCAACAAGCCUCAAUCUCAGUAGAAGUUCGGAGAACCUUUCCUCAUCAACUCGUACAACCGCCAACGAAAAUCAUGUUCCCAGCACGAUUCCUCCCCCUGUUCCCAAACAUCAAACCUUAGAGACAAGUAGCAACUGUCCUCCCUGUACUCAGCCCACCCCUAAGCCUAAGCCCGCCGACCCUGAUCCCCUGUUUAGUGAGGAAGAGCUCGACAAGGUGAUCGUUGGGCCUGCCGAAACCAUCGUAGGCAUCAUCGACACCCGACCGUUGGAGGCGCGACAGCCUAUCUUCCUGAAGGCAGACGACAAACUCGACCAAAAUCUAGUCCUUACCAGUACCAGUAACGUCUAUCAGUUCAAACCAACCUCUAUUAGCACCAACCUAAACGACAUACUUUCACAUGAAAUCGCUGCGAUCUUCCAGCCUACCCAACCCAUUCAGCAACACAUCCCAAAGCAACCACAGCCUCAACCGCGGCGUCAACAGCAACAACAACAACAGCAACAUCAGCAGCAGCACUCAAAUCAAUCCCAACCAACCCCGGCUAGUCAAGGAUCAAACCAGCAGCACCAACGCCACCAGUCACUACCGGCAAACAAGGUAACACCCCAACCGCCAUCGAAAUCGAUCACAACCUCCCAACUAUCGGCUGCGAUGGCAGUAGCGAUUGGGAAGGCCACGGCAUCCCCUGCCGGUGGAAACCCUCUGCUGUACGAAAACAUAAACCUAAGCCUGAAAGCCGCUGGUGGCGGUGGUAGUGGCAGCAGUAGCAGCAGCAACAACAAUCACCAUCAUCAUAACCUGAACAGUAGUGCCGUGGCUGCGGCGAUGGCGGCAGCAGCAGCGGCAGCCGCAGCCGGUGCAGCUGGUGGCGGUGCUAGUAGCAACAACAACAUCAACAACAACACAAACGUGCCAUACGAAAACAUCAACCUGGAGUACAUCGCCCGGCUCAUGCAGGAGGGCUACUCGAAGGAGAACGUCAUUACGGCGCUCGGUAUUUCGCGCAACAACAUCGAGAUGGCGUGCGAUAUACUGCACGAGUUCGUCACUAAAAGCGGCGGCGGAGGUUGAAAGAGACCCGAUCAACACUACGAGACGAAACCGCUAGACUGUGUAAAACCAAAAACAUAAAAUGGAACCAUAGACUGCUAAGUAGGAAGUCGCGUCAACUAGCGAAGAAAACGUGAAGUUUUAUUCUAAUUAUUACUCUAAUUGAAAACAAACAAAACAAACAAAAAAAAACACUAGUUGUGAGGUUAGGUUCAAUAACGGCACCAUAUAGUAGUGAAUGAAAAACAAUCAUAAUAGCAAUAAUAAACGAAACUAUAAAGUAUGUAAAUUUUUUUUUGGAUGUUUUCAAACGUGUAAAUAGCGAAAGGAAAGGUGACACACAUCUUUGUGAGGGUGAAGCUUUAUUUUAGUUCCUUACUAGAAGGUAAUUGAAUUAUCUAUCACUGUAUAGACAACACGCUAGGGGAAGAAAACAAAUACAACUGAAAAAAACGGACACUGGUGUUAUUUUGCGUUUUUUUUUACUUAUGUCGUUUGAUGAUUCUGGCCCUUUGGUUUGUACAUUGUUUGCUUUUCUUCUUUUUUUUUUCAGCAGAACCGCGAGUCAGUACUAUUUUGAAACGUGGUUUCAACUAGUUUCAGUAAUAAAAAACAAACAUGGAUGUUGGGUAUUUCUACGCCAAACAGCAAAAUGGUUCAACGUGACUGUCUUUUAAUCUCUCAAUCUCACUUUUUAACAUGAUUUGUCUACUGAAGAGGUCAAAAGAAUGCACUCGAAAGCUAAAUAAAAAAAUAAAUAAAAAUAAAAAACAAA